ACGUCUGCAUUCCGAAUUCAAAAAAUUUGUUUUUGCUGGAAUGGUGGUGGCUGCUGGAAAAGAAUUUAGGAAUUGCAUAAUAGACGUGAAUAAAAAUCUGUGUACACCUCAGCCACACAUGACAAUUUCAAAAGGAAAUCAGAUUAUUUGUGUGCAUACCUUGUUUUACAAAACAACGAGGAAAAGUUCCUAGAAAAUGUGAAUCAAGCAUGGCUGGUGUGUCUGGAGUGUCGGCAGUGUGUCGUAUCGAAUAUAUCCGGUUACCCCAGGUCUGCUGGGUCAAUAACUCUAUAUACGACCACACACGACGAUGGGGGCCUGCAAAGUCACAGCAGCUAAAAGGAUUCGACUGGCACUUGAUGAUUGAAGCCCACAAGGGUCGCCAUCACAGCGCCAAAGGAGGAGGCGGAGUGGCCAGCACCCUGCUGGGCGCGUCCCAGCAUUGGGAUAACAACGUGGACAAGAGUUACAGUGGCGGCAACGCCAGCAAUGAAUCAGCGGCUGGCCAUCAGCGAGCGCCGCUCUUUGACUGGGAAUCGAACGCCUCCAGUGCUGGACCAUCGGCCACUUCAUGGGCAUCGUCGUCGGAUCAACCAAAGACGGGCGACGCCGGCCAGCAUCAUAGCAUUCAAGAAGUGACGACCACCCUGGGCCAAACGGCCUUCCUCCAUUGCCGAGUCCGUUACCUGGCCGACCGCAGAGUCCUUUGGAUGCGUCAGAGGGAUCUCCACAUUUUGACUUCGGGUCUUCACACGUACACCAACGACUGGAGGAUUUCGGCCGUCCACGUCACGGUCCGCCAGCCUCCCCAUUCCGGCCCAAUCAAAUCCAGCAGCAGCAGCAGCAGCUUUCCUGCCUCGCCGUCGGCGGUGGUGCCAACGGGAUCCAGGUCGGCAGGAUCGAGAAACUCUUCGACUCCUGGUGGCGAUUCUUCCGUCUGGGACGACGAGGAAGGCGUCUGGAGUGAAUGGACCCUGAGGAUUCGCUCGACAGAGGCCAGAGACGCCGGCCUUUACGAAUGUCAAGUGAGCACUGAGCCGAAAAUCUCCAAGAUCUACCGACUGCACGUCGUCGUGUCGAAGGCGUCGAUCCUGGGCAGUGCCGAGCUGUUUGUCAAAAAAGGCAGCGACAUCAAUUUGACUUGCGUCACGGUGACGGACGAGCACCAGCAGCCGCCGUCGGGGCUUCUGACCGCCAGCCCGCCCGGCAACAAGACGCCGCACUACUUCACCUGGCACCACAAUGGACAGGUGUUGAAUUAUUCGGCCCGCGGCGGGAUGAGCGUGACGACGGACACAAUCGAUGGUCAAAGUCGACUCCUGCUGGCCAGAGCGGGUCCUCGUGAUUCUGGCAAUUACACGUGCGUGCCCGGACCGGGAGCCACACCGGCCUCUGUCACCGUCCACGUCCUCAACGGUGAACAACCAGCGGCGAUGCAGAGGGAUAACGCUGGCUGCAUGGCGACACCUUGGUGGAGUUCUCUGCCUGGCCUGACCACGAAAUCAACUACCGGCAGUUCCGCCACGUCCUGCUGGACGGCGCUCGUCACAUUGGCCGUUUCAUCGUCGUGGUUGACUCGAUUUCAGCUCUGCCACGUCACUUGACCACUUUGACCACUUGCCACGUGAACCAUCACCUCCUAAAAUAAGAAAAAAAAAGUUCAACAAAAAAAAAUUAAUUUUUUUUUUCAAUGUCUUUUUUCUUCUUCUUUUUUUUUAGUCUAAAAAAAAGUUUUGAAUAAUUUUAUUGGAAAUUCUUGUCGAUCAAAACCCCAAACAGUCAUCGAUGGCAAAUUUCUUUCAACAACCAAAAAACCUGUAAUAAUAUUAUUAUUGUCUUUUUCAUGAUCUCUUUCUCAUCACUUAACCUAUUAUUAUUAUUAUUCUAUACAUACAAAUUCCUUUUCCUUUGUGUUCCCUUAACUGUCCACUUUGUUUAACGUCCUUCAAUAUUAAUAGCAAAAAAAACUAUAUCUCACCCUCACCAAACUUACAAAACCACAACCCAUCCAAUAUUAUAUAAUGAUGAAUAUGAAAUGAGCUCCUUUUUUUAA